AUGCUGAUUGGUCGGAUGGCGUGCGGUAAGGCUGAGUGCGCGGGCAAGCUACCAGAUUGCAUCCAACUUGUCCGUCCUUUCCCCGACGUUUUCCCCUUUGUCUCUCUCUCCUCCCCGCUUCCCCUGUGCUGUGCCACGUCACUGCCGGAACAGAAGAUGCUGAUUGGCUGGAUGGCGGGCGGCAGGCUGAGUGCGCGGGUGAGCUACCAGAUUGCACCCGAGCAGAAGAUGCUGAUUGGCCGGAUGGCGGACGGGAGGUUGAGUGCGAGGGUGAGCUACCAGGUGACGGACAGCCUGGCACUGAAGGUGAAUGCGCAAAUCGUCAACGAGCCACAUUUCUCCCAGGGCAUGUUCCAACUCGACUACAAGGGGGAGAGAGAGGGGAGAGAGAGCACAUGGGAAGCAGGUGAGUGCGCACAGAUUGUGAACGAGCCUCACUUCUCGCAGGGCAUGUUCCAGCUUGACUACAAGGUGCGUGCGUGUAAGAGAGAGAGAGGGCAUGGGAAGCAGGUGAGCUACCAGGUGACUGACAGCGUGGCAUUGAAGGUCAACGCGCAGAUUGUGAACGAGCCGCACUUCUCGCAGGGCAUGUUCCAACUCGACUACAAGGGAUCGGACUACCAGUGGCAGGCGCAAGCAGGCAACAACGCUUUCUACGGAGGGUCGGACUACCAGUGGCAGGCACAGGCGGGCAACAACGCUUUCUACGGAGUGAACUACAUUCAGAGCGUCACGCCCACACUCUCUCUGGGCGGAGAGGCCUUCUGGCUGGGCCACCAGCGGCGCUCUGGGCUGGGCAUUGCUGGUCGAUACAACACCGAUAAAGUGGUGGCGACAGCACAGGUGGCGAGCACAGGAGUGGUGUCCAUGACCUACGUGCAACGCGUGUCAGAUAAGGUGGCCCUAGCAGCCGACUUCCUGCACAACUGGAACAGCAAGGAGUCGGCCACGAGUGUGGGAUACGACUAUAUCCUGCGCCAGUGCCGGCCGGACACCAAUGGCUUGUCGGCUGCGGGUGCGAAUGGACACCAAUGGGUUGUCGGCUGCGGGGGCGACUGGACACCGAUGGGCGUGACACCCAGUGUGGUGCUCACAAUCGUUUUCAGUAUUUUCUUUUCCUCCGAUCCUCCUUCCCCUCUUCCCCAUCCUCCCUUGUGUUUCCACCAACCAGUGUCGGCUGCGGGGGCGACUGGACACCAAUGGGUGUGUAGCAGCCUAUCUGGAAGAGAGGCUUAA